UGUGUUUGUGAACCCUUUAAGAGCAGGUGACGGUCAGGGACAGAGAGUAUAAGUAUGGUAGUCAAUGUUCCACAGAGACAAGAUGCUUCCUGUCACUGCCACUUUGAGGACGACCAUGUCGAUGUUCAUCUUGGUUAUUCUGGGGUGUUUGGGGUUCCAAGGGGUGAUGGCCUCUGACUCUAGGGCGUACAGAAUGUCCAUGACCAACGACAACGAUGGGCACACCACCAGUCAGCGACAGGACCCUCAGACAAGCAAUGAAAUACCACGGAGUAUCGAGGUGGAUGAUUUCAAAAUCAACGUAGUGCCGACCAGCGGCAAAGUCAGCUUAGCACCGACCAUGGUCCGACUCUACCCGCCACCUGUCAAAACGUCACACCUUCAUGCCAACCUUCCGCUUCGCUUCGGCCGGGACUCCCUACCCGACGACACCCACUCACCCAAAACGACCCUUAAUUUACCGCAACGGUUUGGAAGAGCACAGGGGUCUGGCGCAACGGAACCGACGUCGUGUAUUGAGUGUCCCCAUGUCGGGACACUGCCCUCCGCCACCCUGCCACAGAGGUUCGGCAGGAAUGAGUUCAACCGCCGGUAUCCUUUCCGAGCUAUGGCCUUUUUCUCACGCAGGUCCGAACCCGUGCCAAAUGGAAACAUUAGGCAGCAAGACUAUAAUUAUUAUGAUUUUGGCUCAGAGGAAGAAGAGACACGGGAGAAGACUCUGAAGAGCUCAACGUUGGAUUUUCUUCUCUGGAACACUUGAAAGAACUCUGUCGCCACAGAAGUGGGUCCCGUUUUCAUGACCUGGGUCGCUUAUGUUUUUUCGUAAUUUUGAUCACCUAUGUAAUGUAUGAAUAUUGUUAAAUUGGUGGCAUAUUGUUACUUAAUCAUGUAAAGCACAAAUUAAAACGAUAGUAUCGAUUUUACCGUUGAUUUGGAUGUUAUUUGUUUCAGAACCAUGGAUAGGUCUAAAGUGGUCUACCAAACGUCAACUUCUGAAUGUUCCACUUCUCAACCACUCUCUCGUCUCUCUCGCCUCCCCUCUCCUCCCAAUUGAAAAACACACACAAAAAAAACCCAGUAGGCCUACUUAGCUAAUGAUAGAUAGGCUAAUCAUGUAAUACUGUAGCUAGACCAGGUGCUGACUGGCCAACCUGGUCUCAGAGCAGUUUGUAUUAUUUUGUAUGUAAAUCUUGCACACUCCAUUUAGUAUGCUAUGUUAUGUUUCAUAUGAUAUGUAUUAAUUUGUGGAUGUCCAUCACCCAUUUUGUAUGAUAUGUUUUGAAUAACAAUUCCUAUUAUAUGUUACACAUUUGCAAAACGUACAAUAUGUUACGAAUUUGCCAAAAUGUAUGAUAUGCUACACAUUCUAGCUAAGUGGCUGGGUGGCUAACAUGAUCUAGCUGGCUAACGUUAGCAAGGCUAGGGGUUAGGGUUAAGUUUAGGGCUAAGUUGGGAGUCAGGUUAAAGGGUUAAGGUUAGGGGAAGGGUUGGCUAAAAGGGUUACAUUUAAGGUAAGAGGAAAUGUUAGCAACAUGCUAAGUAGAUGCAAAGUAGGUAAAAAGUAGUAAGUAUUUGAAAAGUUGCAAAAUAACUAAAAUGCCUAAAUCUAUGACGAGAUUAAAACUCACAACCUAUAGGUGGGUAGAUGUUCAUGUUAUAUGCCCACCCACCCCACCACACAACCUAUAGGUGGAUAGAUGUUCAUGUUAUGCGCCCACCCAUCCACCCUGACCAACCACCCUACUACCAUCUUUGCCUUAAGUAACUUUCUGUCUUAGGCAAAAUGAAAAUGAAACUGGAUGGUCUUCAGAGAUAGGUGGGAGGGGUUGAUGUUAGCUGAAAUGUAGGAUUAAAAACAAACAAAAGAUAACUGUUGUAAAAUACAUUGUGUCUGUAAAAUGUAUAUAGUACGUAUAAGCUGGAAGUAGA